GAAAGCGUAUAAGUAAGUGAACAUUAAUUUUGCUAUAUACAAUUAUUUUAUUUUAUAAUAAGUUAACCUCAAUUUAAAAAAAAAAACAGAAAAAUGAAUGAAGCAUACUUAGAAAUCUAUUCAUUGACUGAUUUAUGUUUAGCUCCAAUAGAAACGAUCAUAACAUUACUUACAAUGAAAUAUUGCAAUUCUAAAAUAAAUAUAAAAUUAAUUAAAAGUAAACAAAAGUUAAAUGAAUGCGCAUAUUUUAUAGAUAUAUCACAAUUUGUAUAUGAAUUAAUUGAUGAAGAUAAUAUACCACAUGAUGUAAAUUCAUGCGUAUUACCUAGUAUAGUUUUAAAUAAAACAAGUUAUAUAGCAGGACUUUGUGCUAUACUAAGACAAAUAAUAAAAACAACUCUUGUAGAUUGUCCAUUACAUCAUUGUAAAUCUUUGUUAGGAUUUAAAGAAUCGUGUUUAUUAGCUUGUUCAGAGAGCAGCGUUUGGACGAAAUUUUGUGAAAUAGAUAUUAUUAAUAUGUUAAAAUUUCUUCAUUUAGAUCAUUUGAAUGAAAUAGAAUUGCCUUAUAGUCUUGCUAGAUUUGAAUGUCACAUGUCGCAACCAUUAAAGAUACAUAACCUGUACAAAUAUGUAACAUCUAAGAAAAAUGGUAUUAAAGAUGUAAUCGUAAGAGAUAAUGUUCAAUUGCCAGAACAUAAAUAUGCAGAAGGAUUUAAUAUUACAUUAUCCGAUAUAAUUAUAUUUAUUUGUGUUCAUAUAUUGCUUGAGAUGUAUUCGAGAGAUGCGAUACUCAAAUUAUUACCAUUGAUAACUAAAUGGUAUGAACGAAUGAUUCAGGAUCAUAUUAUAUUGGAAUGUUUAAGUUGUUUAUCUAUUAAAGAAAAACAUCUGAACGAUGACAUUAAUUAUAUACUUCCUAAAGUUCCUUAUGAAAGUUUGUACAAGAGUGAUCCUAAAAGGUAUCAACCAAAGAGUCGUGUUUAUACUAAACAAAAAGAUAUUGAAUAUUCCAUGCAAAUUAUUCGCAAUGCAAACAUAUUAAAUGAACUUGACGCAGAACCAUUUGGCGCAGAAAUAUUUUUCGACUGGACAAAUAUACCUUUUGAUUUAACACCAGAAGGUGGAUCAUUACCACUUUCACGUUUACAAAGAAAAUCUGAUCAAUUGGAAAAUUUAUGUAAACCUGUCAUAAAAUUAGCUAAGUCGGGUGAUGUAAUUGUUGAUUUUUGUUCUGGCAGUGGACACCUUGGAGUCUUACUUGCAUAUUUAUUACCAAAUUGUACUAUAAUAUUAUUAGAAAAUAAAGAGGAAUCUUUAAAUAGAGCGAAGAAAAGGAGUAAACUAUUGAAAUUAACUAAUAUUAAAUUUUAUCAAUGUAAUUUGGAUUAUUUCAAAGGAGAUUUUAAUAUUGGUUUAUCUUUGCAUGCUUGUGGUGUAGCUACUGAUUUAGUUAUUCAACAGUGUAUUAAAAGAAAUGCUAUUUUUGUAAGUUGUCCAUGCUGUUAUGGAUCAUUACAUAAUUGUCAUCAUUUAACAUAUCCUAGAAGUGAUAUUUUUAAAAAAUCUAUUAACACCAAACAAUAUUUAACACUUAGUCAUGCUGCUGAUCAAACACACGAUAAACUCAAUGUUAAAACUCAACAGGGAUACGAUUGCAUGACUAUUAUUGACACUGAUAGAAAAUUACAGGCAGAACAAUUUAAUUACGUUGUAUAUCUUGGUAAAUUAAUACCAGAUACGUGUACACCUAAAAAUCAUUUAUUAGUUGGAAUACCUAAAGAAAAAUUAACAUAUUAAUAAUAUUAUCAAAUAAUCUUUU